AUGCCACCCCAAGUAGCAAGAGCCGAUUCCGACAUAAUCUAUCGCUCAGAAACGCCUCUACGACAGAAGAAAUUUCCUAGUCGACGCCGCACGAUACGCUCUUCUGGUGUCCAUACUCCAGCGCCGCUGCGUCAGCAGUCCACUCUGACACAGCAGCCACUGUGGGCUGUAUCCCGAUCACCCACAACUGCUGAGGACGAAGAUGAUGUUGAGGAUGAGGAUCAAAAUUAUCAAGAGGACGAGCUAGAGAGGGCAAGACCUAGAAGGAAGAAGAGAAAGAGCGAGGUAGAUGGCAAAAGGCAGACAACCAUGACACAAUACGUUCCGUCUUCUUUCAUCGGAGAGCGCUACGAUGGAGCAGCAGAUCUAUUUCUGCAGUUCAUGCCAGACGAUUCGUUCGAUGGAGUUCGAGACUCACAAUCACAACUGGUCCUCGACAGACACGACAAAGGUCCACAAACAGGGAUGCAAGGGCUCAUUGAUGAAAAUGCACCCGCGGCUGCAGACGGCGACGUGACGAUGCAGGGAGACGAGGAAAACCACAGCCAAAGGACACAAUCUAGCUCAGACCAUAGCGAUGAGAGAGUGGAUUCAGCCUUUCCAAAACAGCAAGCGCGACCGCAUCCAAGUCCAGAACUACCAAUAUCUGCCAUGAACCUCAGAACUCCCAGGAAGAAGUUCAAGUCCGAGAUUCCGUCAUCCAACACUCCACAGAGCGCCAUCAUAUCCAUCUGCUCAGCCAAGACCGUGCGCUCACCUGAGCGUUCACCACUACGGAACAAGAGCACCAAUGCAUUCUCGCAGAGCCAUGCUGGCGAGGAUACUAGAAUGAGUCCCGUUCCCGAAAGUCCUACAAAACCCGUCUCUCCUUUCCGUCUAUCACCUCUCAAGAAUCGCCCAAUCUUCCGCAUACCCGAGAAACCUCCUACACUCCAGCAUCGCAGUACCAUUCCAGACUCUGAAGACACAGCCACUCAAGUGACUCCGUUCAAGCAGAACAAGUUCCGCAGUCAAAUACCUGACACCCAGAUGGAAAUGUUCGGGGAAGAAAUCACGGCUGCCACUGAGGCACAACUCCCUGUCGACAGUUAUACUCAGUAUGCUGGAGGAACAUACUACGCCGAGAACGAUUAUGACUACAACUUUGAUCCAGUCUGUAGUGCUUUGGACCGUGAUGCCGCCCGUUUCAUGCAAACGCAACUACAACGAGAUCGUUUCGGUUAUGAUGCUUUCCACAAAACGCGAAGCUUUUCUCAAGCUGAAGAGGACCGAGCCGAACAUGCUCCUGAAGCAAAGGAGGUUGAGAGCGAUAAGGAAUCCAAAUUGGUCACAACACAACAGUCACAAGAGCUCGGUGACGAUCUGCCUGCUCCAACUUCACGACCUCAGCUGCUUGAGCAAGAGUUUGAGGAUGCACCCACACAAUCGCCUCGAUCAUCCCCUCAACAGCCUUCUCGGAUCCUCUAUCAGUCUGAUGAGAUCGAGGAAAUAGACCUUUCGGGUGAUAUUGUUCUACCGAACACGACCAUCAGAGAGGUGAUACAGAUCGCCUCCUCUCCGAACAGCAAGAGUGUCAGUAGCGGAAAGUAUCCGUCUUCGCCACCUCUUGUUGUCGAGAAUGAUGCACGUCUUCGGGCAGAGGCUGGAGAGCAGAUGAAAAAUACUGAACGUCACUCAUCUCCGCCUCUACCAAUCAUUCUACCAAUACCUCCUUCGCAGAUUAGUACAGUCGGCGGCACACAGCUACACCACUCCCUCAGGAAGCAUACCCAAAUGGCCGCAUACGUAAGUAGUAGUCCGCCACCUAUGCCGCCUUCCACAUCCUCGCCUCCGCCCGAAGCAAGACAAUAUCUAAGGAGGUUCCUCGCAAUGUACGAGUCAGAUGAUGAGGACGACAUGGACAAAGGUGAUCCUGAACCGCCACUGUACGAUGAGGAUGAGGACGACAUGGAUCUAGACUUUGUACCUCAACAACAACACGACGCAGACCGUGCAAUGGGAAGUGACGAUGAUAAUGGUUCAGAGGAUGAGGAGGGUCAUUCAAGGCUGGAACAUAUAUUGCCCGAUACCCUUCUUGACUUUUCAUUGCCGCCGCCACCAACACAAAGUUCAGUGAGAAGUACGAAAUCUUGA